CAGUAGAUUUUGUUCUCCAGUGCACAGUUUGAGUUUCAACUUCGAACAGAGACAAUAGAAGCUGUUUCUCACCUUCUGUCUACAACAUGAAGCUGAUGAAAUGCAUUUUAAUUGUCCAAUUGACUUGUCUUUGUCAAGCUUUGCAAAACUCCACUCAAUCCACCUUAACAGACCCAACUGAUGUCCCGUUGAGAGCAAAAGAGGAAUUCAACAAUGAACCUUACAUUAACAAACUCUCUUGUGAAUGCAACUUCACGCUCAAGAUGCCUGGAAACAGGAGCAGUGAGGUGCCAUUAACAGCAAACUCUGCAGAUACGUUGGUUGAGCAGAUCUGUCACGGACUUGGCUGUGGUAGCACCUAUCAUGUCAACUAUACAACCAGCUCACUUCCCAAUACCAGCUGCUUUCACGAUUGUUCGUACCACGAUGGUCGUUUGCAGAACUGUUCAGAGAGUGUGGGUGGGAACUGCACUGUGAUUGAGAAAGUUGUUUGUGGAAACCAGGCUGUGCAGCUGGCAGGAGGAACUGGCCGCUGUGAUGGACGGGUGGAGGUGUGGAGAAAUGGGAGAUGGGGAACAGUGUGUGACGACCAGUGGGACCUGCGGGAUGCUGACGUGGUUUGCGCCCAGCUCGGCUGUGGUUAUGCCAUCAGUGUGACAGGACAGGGAGGCUUCUUCCCCCCCGGCAGAGGACCUGUCUACCUGGAUGAGCUGAACUGUACGGGCAAAGAGGAUAACCUGUGGGCCUGUCCUGCUGCAGAGGACGAGCCAGACUGUGGACACAAAGAAGAUGCUGGUGUCGUGUGCUCAGAAAUGAAAGCAGUCAGACUGACUGGAGGUCUGGACCGCUGCUCUGGUAAAGUCGAAAUCCACCGUAAUGGCAGCUGGGGCACGGUGUGUGAUAACUGCUGGAAUCAACAGAUGGCCUCCAUGGUGUGCUCCAUGCUGCAGUGUGGUGCCAAAGCAGAGAAAUACACCCAGUUUGUUCCCCCUCUCACCCACAACAACGGGACACUGUGGUACUAUAAAUGCACGGAAAACGAGCAGAAUCUGUGGGAGUGCAGGGAGAUCAUCAACAAAAUACACCUGUGUAUAUCUUCAAAAGCAUCUGGUGUCAUCUGUAAUGGUUCCCUUGGGUUUCCUAUACCCACCACAGCCACCCCAGCUAAUGCAACUGUAAUAACCAGUUGGACUGAAGGUACAGCUGCAGUCAUUCCCACUGAAGGCUUCUCCUUACCGUCUGCAGAGCUUCUCAUAACCAUGGCUCUGUGUCUUCUGCUCCUCGUUCUUCUGAUCACAAACACGGUGCUCUGCUUCCACUACAGAAGAAGACACGCACUCUUGCUCCAGCAGACGCGCAGCAGCACACGACCUCCCUCUGAAAAUCAACACAACAGCUGCCAAGAGGCUGUCAACCUCAUCAAGAUCACCCCCAACCCACCACAGGCAGAUGUCCCCUCCAAUCCCAGGUUUCUUUGGACCCAGCUUAGUAGUGUUGACAGCACAUCAGUAGAUACAGACUAUGAGCAGUAUGAGCCAAGCAAUGAUCCGUCUGUCCCUUUGUCAACCUUUCGGAAUUCUCACCGUUACAAAACAGACAGACUUGAAAGCCUCUUUGAGGAAGGCCCUCAACCCAAAGAUGAAGUGACGGGAGCCUUUUCACACUAUACUGGUGGCCCCACAGAUCCUCAAUAUGCCAGAGUGUCAAAGAUCUCAGUGGACUCAUUUGAUACCUCCAGUACUUCCUCUGGGGAAUGCUACGAAAACACAAACGGCUAUGUCAGGGUCACUCCCGAGCCAGGAGCUGGCCAGUCAUCUGUUGUCAGUUAUACUUUCGAUCCUUCAAAAGUCUACAGCGGUGAUCAACUUUACCCGGGAAAAACAGUAGACCUGCACAGUACAAAUGAUGAAGAUGACGGCCCCAUCUACUCCCCUGUGAGCCCUGACCAAAACUCUUCAUUUGAGGAUGACUACGAUGACAUCGGCGCCUAAUAGCAAACCAAGGAGCUGUGAGCACAAACUGUUCUGAAAACACUGUGAUGGUGCAUUUAAUGAUGCAUCUGACAUUCAGAGGGCAUUGACAGCCGACUAUGCGACGCACUCUGGGGACAAAUGACAAGCACAUUUGGAUGUUAUGAAAAGGACAAUGUGUGAUUUUCCUCUUGUUUUGCAUUGAAAAGUUACAGCUCACUCUGAAGUUUUUCAUGUCCAAGCAUCUUAGAACUGGACUUUUCUAAACAGUCCCUGCUUUCAGCUGCAUGAAAAUGUAAUUUUAAUUAAGCAAAAGGUAUGAUGAAAUAUUCACUGUGAUGGAUUAGCUAUUUAAAAUAAGUUAAUUCAAAUGAAUUAAAACUAAUGACUGCCUGUAAGGUAGGAAAACAAACUUUGACAUAAAGGUAUGUUUAGGUUAUAUGUGAAUGUAGUAGAUGCACCUGUAUCAUAUGUACAGUAUGUUUUAGAUUUUUAAUAUUUAACUGUCUUUUCAUAGCAGUUUUCUGUAUUAACGAGUAUGUAGUCAAAUAAUGUGCUAAUAUUUGCUAGUAUUUUCCUGUGAAUGUAAGUACGAUCAAACUAUUGAGUUUCAACAUAAUCUCUAUAAUUGUGAUGUGCACUACAUGGCCAAAAGUAUAUGGACACACAAACAUUACACCCAUUUGUGAUUGUUGAACAUGUCAAUCUAAAACUGUGGGCAGUAAUUAAUUACUUUAAAAGCUUCCAAUCUUGUAGGAAAACUUUCCACAGGAUUUUGCAACCUGGGUGCGGAAAUCUGCUGGGAAAACCUCACAGUGUGCACAGGGCCAUUGUUGAAACAGGAGAAAGCCUUCUUCAAACUGCCACGAAGUUGGAAGCACACUCUUAUCUAUGGAUGCUCAGGCCUAAUCAUAUUAACAACACCAGACCAAUGGUACACCUCCUUAUACUUCUGGCCAUAUAGUGUAUUCAAAUAAUGUGCUAAUGUUUGCAACACAGUCUCUGGUGGGUAUUUUAAGUGUAAUCAAACUAGUUCUACCACAAGGUGGCACUACAAGCUUGUAUGUAACUAAAUGUUUAAGUGACUGACUGGGGUGAAGCCCUUAAAUGUAAACUACAGAAAAUAAAACUUGUAAUACCAUAAAAUAUUUGCCAAAUAAAACGCUUAUCAGGCUGUAA